UUUUCUUUUUUUUUUGAGACAGGGUUUUGCUCUGUCGCUUCGCCCAGGCUGGAGUGCAGUGGCUUGAUCGCGCCUCACCGCCACCUCCGCCUCCCGGGUUCAAGCGAUUUUCCUCCCUCAGUCUCCCGAGUAGCUGGAAUUACAGGUGUGUGCCACUACACCUGGCUAAUUUUUGUAUUUUUAUUGGAGAUGGGGUUUCGCCAUGUUGGCCAGGCUGGUCUCGAACUGCUGACCUCAGGUGAUUCAUCUGCCUCGGCCUCCCAAAGAGCUGGGAUUACAGGCGCGAGCCACCAUGCCUGGCCAGGUUUCGAGUUUUCUAUUAAAAGGUUUGAAAAUAAUUUCUGUCUCUAGCCCACAUCUGUUCUUGGUGUGACCUCUGGGCUCAUUCAUCUGGCUGUCUCCCUGACGUUCCUACUUCAGCCCCUCCCCAGCAUCUCCAACCUAAUGCAGCUCAAAUGGGACUCGUGAGUUCCCCAGCUGAGCUCCAAUCGGGGCACCAGCUGCUUAAGCCCAAAAUGGACAUUGACCUCAGCUUUUAUGCAUCAAAUGUAUCAGGAAGUCUCCAGUUUGUUUUUACCUCUGGAAAUAUAUCUGAAAUCCACAUACCCCACCCUACCCCCUCAUACCUUUCUGCCACCACGCAAAUCCAAGGCUCCUUUGUCUGUCCCCACUUUACUCCUGCCCCUCCAGAAAUUUAUCCUCAUGGCUGUUCAAAGAAAAUCUAGCCUCCUCAGCACAGCCAACCUGUCUCUGUCUCCCUCCCUCACCCACGUGGCCUUUGAAGACAUGGAGCCAUAGAGGAGAACCAAGUACUGGAUGUGGGCUUUCUCAUGGGCUUCCAUUUUGAGGAAAAAGGUUGUAAAUGUUUUUGUCUUAUUUUCAUAGCAUUGGGAAUGGUACCACCUCCCGAAAAUGUCAGAAUGAAUUCUGUUAAUUUCAAGAACCUUCUACAGUGGGAGUCACCUGCUUUUGCCAAAGGGAACCUGACUUUCACAGCUCAGUACCUAAGUUAUAGGAUAUUCCAAGAUAAAUGCAUGAGUACUACCUUGACGGAAUGUGAUUUCUCAAGUCUUUCCAAGUAUGGUGACCACACCUUGAGAGUCAGGGCUGAAUUUGCAGAUGAGCAUUCAGACUGGGUAAACAUCACCUUCUGUCCUGUGGAUGACACCAUUAUUGGACCCCCUGGAAUGCAAGUAGAAGUACUUGCUGAUUCUUUACAUAUGCGUUUCUUAGCCCCUAAAAUUGAGAAUGAAUAUGAAACUUGGACUAUGAGGAAUGUGUAUAACUCAUGGACUUAUAAUGUGCAAUACUGGAAAAACGGUACUGAUGAAAAGUUUCAAAUUACUCCCCAGUAUGACUUUGAGGUCCUCAGAAACCUGGAGCCAUGGACAACUUAUUGUGUUCAAGUUCGAGGGUUUCUUCCUGAUCGGAACAAAGCUGGGGAAUGGAGUGAGCCUGUCUGUGAGCAAACAACCAAUGACGAAACGGUCCCCUCCUGGAUGGUGGCCGUCAUCCUCAUGGCCUCGGUCUUCGUGGUCUGCCUGGCACUCCUCGGCUGCUUCGCCUUGCUGUGGUGCGUUUACAAGAAGACAAAGUACGCCUUCUCCCCUAGGAAUUCUCUUCCACAGCACCUGAAAGAGUUUUUGGGCCAUCCUCACCAUAACACACUUCUGUUUUUCUCCUUUCCAUUGUCGGAUGAGAAUGAUGUUUUCGACAAGCUAAGUGUCAUUGCAGAAGACUCUGAGAGCGGCAAGCAGAAUCCUGGUGACAGCUGCAGCCUCGGGACCCCGCCUGGGCAGGGACCCCAGAGCUAGGCUCUGAGAAGGAAACACACUCGGCUGGGCACAGUGACAUACUCCGUCUCACAUCUGCCUCAGUGAGGGAUCAGGGCAGCAAACGAGGGCCAAGACCAUCUGAGCCAGCCCCACAUCUAGAACUCCCAGACCCUGGACUUAGCCACCAAAGAGCUGCAUUUUAAAGGCUCUCUUGGCAAAAAUACUCCAUUUGGGAACUCACUGCCUUAUACAGGCUUUCAUGAUGUUUUCAACAUUUGGCCACCGAGAGUGUAAUUUUCAGCCUCUUAUAUCACUAAAAUAGGAUCAUGUUUUAAUUGUGAGAAACAGGGCCGAGCACAGUGGCUCAUGCCUGUAAUACCAGCACCUUGGGAGGUCAAGGCAGGCGGAUCAUCUGAGGUCAGGAGUUCAAGACCAGCCUGGCCAACAUGGUGAAACCCUGUCUCUACUAAAAAUACAAAAAUUAGCUGGGCAUGAUGGCAUGUGCCUAUAAUCCCAGCUACUCGAGUGCCUGAGGCAGGAGAAUUGCUUGAACCCGGGAGGAGGAGGAGGUUGCAGUGAGCCAAGACAGCGGCACUGCACUCCAGCCUGGGUGACAAAGUGAGACUCCAUCUCGCUUUGUGAGAUAGAAAAAUUGUGAGACACAGAAAUAUUUAAAAUGAGGAAUCAGAAUGGAGAUGUUACGUCUGGUAGAUGUAAUAUUCUACCAGGUUAUGGAUGGACUGAUCUGAAAAUCGACCUCAACUCAAGGGUGGUCAGCUCAGUGCUAUACAGAACAUGGACUUUUGGAUUCUUUGGGGUACUUUGAAUUUAUUUUUCUACCUAUAUAUGUUUUAUAUGCUGCUGGUGCUCCAUUAAAGUUUUACUCUGUGUUGCACUGUA